CACCGCCCAUACACAUUCAUAAAUCUCACUUAUAUAUAAACCCACUUCUCGCUAUACUACUUUCCCAUAUUCCUCAGCCUUAUACCAAAUUCCCUUCAAGAAAUCAUGAAGGGAAACACGACUUUUUCCUUUAUUCUUCUCUUGUUGCUAUUGGCUGUUCUGACAACAGCGGGAGCAGGCCUUCCAUUCGCCUGCGACCCCAGAGAUUCAGCAACCCAUACUUUACCCUUUUGUACAACAGGUUUGCGUAUAGAAGAGAGAGUAAAGGAUUUGAUCGGGCGGUUGACAUUGCAAGAGAAGGUUAAGCUGCUAGCCAACAAUGCCGCCGCCGUGCCUCGCCUGGGGAUCAAGGAGUACGAGUGGUGGUCGGAGGCGCUUCACGGCGUCUCCAAUGUAGGUCCGGGGACUAAAUUCGGCGGCGAAUUCCCUGGCGCCACCAGCUUCCCGCAGGUCAUCACUACCGCCGCCUCAUUCAAUGUUUCAUUGUGGGAAAAGAUUGGAGAGGUGGUGUCAGACGAGGCCCGCGCAAUGUACAAUGGCGGGAUGGGGGGGCUCACUUAUUGGAGCCCCAACGUCAACAUAUUCCGCGAUCCAAGAUGGGGCCGGGGACAGGAAACUCCCGGCGAGGAUCCGGUGGUCGCCGCUAAAUAUGCGGCGAGCUAUGUUAGAGGUUUACAGGGGACAGACGCUGGCGGCCGGCUGAAGGUGGCGGCGUGCUGCAAGCAUUACACGGCCUACGACCUCGAUAACUGGGCCGGAGUUGAUAGGUUCCACUUUAAUGCAAAGGUAAGCCAACAGGACAUUAAAGAUACAUUUGAUAUCCCAUUCAGAAGUUGUGUAAUGGAAGGUAAAGUUGCAAGUGUGAUGUGUUCCUACAAUCAAGUUAACGGCGUUCCCACCUGCGCUGACCCCAAACUUCUCCGGGGAACAGUACGAGGCUCUUGGCGUCUCGACGGGUACAUUGUCUCGGAUUGCGACUCUGUGGGUGUGUUUUAUGAUAAUCAGCAUUAUGCUUCAACUCCAGAAGAAGCAGUUGCAGAUGCCAUCAAAGCCGGCUUGGAUUUGGAUUGUGGGCCUUUUCUCUCCGUACACACAGAGAAUGCAGUACAAAGAGGCCUACUUAAUGAAGCAGACAUCAAUCUUGCCUUGUACAAUACAAUUACAGUUCAAAUGAGGCUCGGAAUGUUUGAUGGAGAGCCGUCAGCGCAGCCAUACGGCAACCUUGGCCCCAAGGACGUGUGCACUCCGGCCCACCAGGAGCUGGCCCUUGAAGCUGCUAGACAGGGAAUAGUUUUACUGAAAAAUGAAGGCUCCGUGCUCCCUCUUUCACCCCGAAGACACCAUCCUUAUGCGGUCAUCGGGCCUAAUUCAGAUGUUACUGUCACAAUGAUAGGCAAUUAUGCUGGUGUCGCUUGUGGAUACACAACUCCAUUACAAGGAAUAAGCGCAUAUAGUAGGACAAUUCAUCAGCCAGGUUGUGCAGAAGUGGCUUGCGCUGAUGAUGCGCUAUUUGGUGGAGCCAUUCAGGCAGCCCGGCGAGCGGAUGCAACCAUUAUGGUGAUGGGGCUGGACCAAUCCAUUGAAGCUGAGUUCAGAGACAGGGCAGGGCUCAUGCUACCAGGGCGCCAACAGGAGCUCAUUUCUAAGGUUUCCGCCGCCUCAAAGGGUCCAACCAUUUUGGUUCUAAUGAGCGGUGGUCCAAUUGAUAUAUCAUUUGCCAAAAACGACCCGCGAAUUGCUGCAAUUCUGUGGGUUGGCUAUCCCGGCCAAGCUGGAGGAGCUGCAAUUGCUGAUGUCCUGUUUGGAACUCACAAUCCAGGUGGAAAGCUUCCCAUGACAUGGUACCCUCAAGAAUACCUCAACAAUUUGCCUAUGACAACUAUGGACAUGAGGGCCGAUCCAUCAAGAAACUAUCCCGGAAGGACUUACCGGUUUUACAAAGGCCCCGUUGUGUAUCCUUUUGGGCACGGAAUGAGCUACACGAGUUUCGUCCACACUAUAGCAGAUGCGCCAAAGGUAGUGUCGGUUCCUGUUGACGGGCGGCACCAUUCCAACACGACCGUUGUCUCGAGCAAGUCGAUCCGAGUGACUCAUGCUAGAUGUAAUAGGCUAUCACUUGUUGUAAGCGUGGAUGUGAGAAACACGGGUUCAAAAGAUGGCUCCCACACGUUGUUGGUCUUCUCAACACCACCAAGGGGACUUGGGGCGCCGCACAAACAACUUAUCACGUUCGAGAAAGUAAAGGUGGCUGCAGGAGGGCAAGAGCGGGUGCCUAUCAAGAUCCAUGUUUGCAAGUAUUUGAGUGUGGUGGAUGGAGCUGGAGUUCGAAGGAUUCCAAUGGGAGAGCAUGCGCUUCAUAUUGGGGACAUUAGGCAUGCUAUUUCCCUCGAGGCUCAAACUCUAGGAGUGAUCAAAUCAUGACCAAUUUGUCCAUGGGAAUAUAGAGGAGGUCAAUGGAAAGCAAAAGACUUCAAACUUAGGAAACAGAGUAAUCUGUGUCUAAUUCUUUUUGUUAAACAAAUUACAUUCUCCUAUGUUUGUGGCAACUAUAUUCCAAGAUGCAACAGUAGGGUAUGGUUGUAACUCAUCCUCAAGCAUAUGGAGGACUUGGAAAGAUAUGUAAUCUUAUUAUUACCCCUAGGACUCAGAA